AUGUUCUGGUCCAUGAAAAUCCUGGCUGCUCUCAGCCUGCUAGCAGGCUUUGGAGUUGAAGGUAAAACGUUUACCAAAAAGGCUGUGAUGGAUAUCACCUCCUGCCCCUUCACCUACUACGGGGAGAUAUACAACACACUGCAUGUUGUGCAGAGUCUAGUCGAUGACAGGCUUGUGAGAAAAUUCACAUACAAGAAGGCCGACCUGAGCGGUGUGGUCGUCGCUGACUUGAGUGGAUGUCGCUUCUCAGAUAUUGUGCUUGAGGACAGUGCGACAUUUUUGGAUCCAAGAAUCUGUUCCAAUCUCUUCUGCGACCAAGAUGCUAUACCUCACAUUGAGAGCACUUGUGGACCGUUGGGCCAAUGUGACGGACAUGGAAGCUGCUUAGUCAACGCCACCUGCACCAUCGCAGCCUCCACCGUCAUCGAUUACUAUGGCGGGGUCCACGCCGCCCCUGAUCGCUGCGCAUACUCCCUGUUCAGCUCCUACUGGUUCCCAGGCUUUCAAGUUCUGGGGGUCUUCCGGGAGCGGAGACGUUUGGAUGUGAGCUUGCUGGAUCACGUGAUCCUGCAGUUGAGCCACAAAGGUCCUCUGAUCACCCUGGAGCAAGGAGGGAGAGUUCUGCUGGAUGGCUCUGAGCUGGCGGUCAACAGCACCUCUCUAGACGUCUAUGGGGUGGAGCUGUACAAGGAUGAGACAGGAGUGACGGCAUCAGUGACAAUGUAUGUACAUAACAUCACCGUUUUCUUCGAUGGCAACACUGCACAGAUCUUCCUUGAAGGAAUUGAACCAGUGACUGGUUUAUGUUCAGAGGGGAAUUUUACCUUGGACUUCAACCCUCAAUUCAGUGAGGCUGGAUGUGAGGUUCAAUAUGAGGAGGCGAAGGACAGAACCAUUGACUGUGAGGACGCAGCAGACUGGUGUAACCUCCUGCUAGAAGCUCCAUUCACUUCCUGCCACGACCUGGUCGACCCACAGCCCUUCAUCUCUGCCUGCAACAUGACGCUGUGCUCCUAUCCGUCUGUGGACGACAUCAAGUGCCAGUUCAUGGAGGCCUACACCCGAGUCUGCGAGCAGCAAGGCGACAUUGUAGAGGACAGCUGGAGGCUCGACACUGUCUGUCCUGCUGUUCCUGAAGCCUUCUGUCAGGAUCUACACUGCAGCCAUCACGAGUUCUGUGGCGAGAGGUUCGUGGACGGUGGGAAGUUCUGUCUCUGCCGAGCCUUGUUUUCUUCAAAGUACAGCUUGGAGCAAACGUUUGGAGAACCAACACAGUGUGAGCACAACACUGCUCAAGUGACUCUGGCUCGUUGUCUCCUGGAUGGGAAAAACAUCGACUUCCACAUGUUGCACCUCAACGAUGAAACCUGUCGGGGAGUCUUAGACAACCAGACCCACAUGGUGACGUUUGGCUUCGACAGCAGCAACACUUGUGGGACCGUUGUCACGAUGAAAGACAAUCAAAUCGUCUACAAGAAUUCCAUCAUGACUCGGAACAUGUCCAAAUCCGAAACAAUUUUCCACCACAACAACUUGGACGUGGACCUCUCCUGCUUCCUCACUCAGCCGAGCGUCAGGGCUAUGACCUUCAAUGUCCAACAAAACCCGGAGUACUACCUGUUUUCGGCUGGAGAGUGGCAGUAUUCCCUGUCUAUGAUGCUGUUCACCGACCCCGAGAGGAAGCACAUGUACAAGAGUAAUGCAGGGAUCGAGCUGAAUCAGAAACUGUGGGUGGAGUUGAAGAGCAGCGGCCUGGAUGACAAACUGACCUCAGUGGUGACCAAGGACUGCUGGGCAACAGAUCAGCCGGCGUCGAAUGCCAGUCUCAGAUAUGACAUCAUCAUCAAUGGCUGCCCAAAUCCAGACGACCCAACAGUGCAGAUAACUGGAAAUGGUUUGGGAACAUCCAACUACUUCUCCUUCCAAGGCUUCCAGUUUGUUGGCGGGACCCUGGAUAUUUUCUUGCACUGCUUGGUCGACCUGUGUGACAAGGCCAGCGGCGACUGUGCCCCGAGUUGUGACCAAAAGAGCAGGGUGACCAGAUCAGUCAAGUCGUACUACAAUGAGCCCAACUUGGUCACCAUUACUUUCAUCCAUUAGAACGUCUCAAACCGAACGACACAGCUGCAUUGAAAUACUAACCAUGAACAAAAGCUGUAAACUCUUUGUUUUAUUCAUGCAUUUUCUAAAUCGGUGGUCUGUGUUUUCAUUCUCCCUGUCACUAAAUAAAUAAAAGGGUGUCUCCAU